AUGACAGGACUCACCCAAUCUCAGCUCGACACCUUCCACUCUGAAGGGAUGCUCUGCAUCGAGGAUUUUCUCACCCCGGAACAAACUUCUAAACUCUUGGCUCAAUCCAAACAUUUACUCGAACAAUGCGAUUUAUCAACCCACCCAAAGACCACAUUCAAAACUUCAGAUGAGGAUCAUAUCGGGGACAGAUACUUUUAUGAAUCAGCCGAUAAGAUUUCUUAUUUUUUCGACACAGAUGCAUUUGACAAGAAUGGGGAUUUGACUAUUGAAUUGCUGAAAUCGAUUAAUAAAAUUGGACAUGGGUUACAUAUUGAAGAUCCAUUAUUCAAGGAGAUCACAUUUGACGGAAAAGUGAAGGACAUUGCUCAAGACUUGAAAUUUGGUCAACCAAAAGUGUUGCAAAGUAUGUGUAUUUUCAAACAACCAGUGGGGACCAAGAGCCCAACCACGGAACGUGAUAAUGCCGUGCCUCCUCAUAACGACGCAACUUUCUUAUUCACGACACCACAAACUGCUAUUGGAUUUUGGAUCGCUUUGGAAGAUUGUACGGAGGAAAAUGGAUGUUUGUCGUAUAUACCAGGAACCCACAAGACAUAUCCUGUAUCAAAGAGAUUUGUGAGGAAAGAUGGAUUGAAUCUGGGUUGUACUUUUGAGCAGUUACUAGAGGAUAAACCAAUUGAGGGAGAUUAUAAAAUGGUGCCAUGUAAAGCGGGAUCUUUGAUAUUGAUCCACAAUUCAGUUCUUCAUAAGCUGGAAAAGAACAAGAGUGAAAAAUCGAGAUAUGCUUAUGCAUUUCAUGUUAUUGAUGGAGUCGCAGAUUACGAUAAGAAGAAUUGGUUGCAAGUGCCCUACGAAGGUGGCUCUGACUUUCUGAGACUAUAUUAG